AUGAAUAUUAUCAAGUUGCAGAGGAAGUAUCCUCAAUUUGCGCAAGAUGAGAUCUUUGGUCUCCAAGAUGCCUUCCGCAAGCUCGACGUGGAUGACAAGGGAUAUAUUGAUGAGGCUACUGCUAUCAAAGCUACACAAGGGAGCGAAAGACAGCCUUACGAUGUUGUAAGGCAGGCUUUAAAAGAGGUCGAUCUUGACUCGUCUAGAAGAGUUGAGCUAGAGGAUUAUGUAGGACUUAUCUCCAAGCUACGGGUUUCGUCACCAGCACAGCAGCGCAUGUCAACCGGUCCACAGAGUCCUGCUCGUGGAAUAGUAUCUCAACAAACCGGAGGGGGGGCAAGCGGACAUGCCUCAAAGGCAAGCAUCAGUGGCCGUAUUCAAGUCCAAGGAUCUUCAUCGAACGUUACCCAUACCAUCAAUGAGGAUGAGCGAACAGAAUUUACCCGUCAUAUCAACGCAGUCUUGGCAGGCGACGCAGAUAUCGGCUCGCGUCUGCCAUUUCCCACAGAUACCUUUGAGAUGUUCGAUGAGUGUAAGGAUGGUCUAGUAUUAGCCAAGUUGAUCAACGACAGUGUGCCAGAUACUAUUGAUGAGCGUGUGCUAAACCGCCCCGGAAAGAAGAUCAAGACCCUCAACGCAUUCCAUAUGACUGAGAACAAUAACAUUGUUAUCGAAUCUGCGAAGGGUAUUGGUUGUUCGGUGGUCAACAUUGGCAGUGGAGAUAUCAUAGAAGUCCGAGAACAUUUGAUUUUGGGUCUAAUUUGGCAAAUUAUCCGAAGAGGUCUGUUGAACAAGAUCGAUAUCAAGCUUCACCCAGAGUUGUAUAGGCUCUUGGAGGAAGACGAGACAUUGGAACAAUUCUUGAGAUUACCUCCCGAGCAAAUCUUACUUAGAUGGGUCAACUAUCAUUUGAAAGCUGCGAAUUGGCCACGAAGAGUUACGAACUUUUCUAGCGAUGUGAAGGAUGCUGAAAAUUACACUGUUCUCCUAGCUCAGAUUGCGCCAGAGUGUUGCGAUCGUGGACCAUUACAAACAGGCGACCUUUUGCAGAGAGCGGAGCAGGUUUUACAGAACGCAGAUAAACUUGACUGCCGAAAGUUCCUUACGCCUAGUUCUCUUGUAGCUGGAAACCCCAAAUUAAACUUGGCUUUUGUUGCCAAUCUCUUCAAUACCCGUCCAGCGCUAGAUCCGAUCACGGAAGAAGAGAAAGCCCAGGUUGAUGAUUUCGAUGCAGAAGGCGAGAGAGAAGCAAGAGUUUUCACUCUCUGGUUGAACAGUCUCGAUGUGCAACCUGCUGUGAAUUCCUUAUACGAAGACCUCAAAGACGGCACCAUCAUCCUACAGGCAUACGACAAAGUUAUCAAGGGUUCCGUCAAUUGGCGCCAUGUGAACAAGGUGCCUGCCGGUGGAGAAAUGUCGAGAUUCAAGGCCCUAGAGAACACAAACUACGCUAUCGAACUUGGGAAACAAAACCGUUUCUCAUUAGUCGGUGUUCAAGGAGCUGAUAUUUACGAUGGUCAACGAACUCUUACACUCGGUCUCGUUUGGCAAUUGAUGCGCAGAGAUAUUUCCGAGACCCUCACAGCCCUUGCUCAACGUCUCGGAAAGCGUGAAAUUUCAGAUGCAGAAAUGAUCAAAUGGGCCAAUAACAUGUCACAGAAGGGAGGCAAGAGCUCUACUAUCCGCUCUUUCAAGGAUCAAUCGAUUGGAAGUGGUGUCUUCCUUCUUGAUGUUUUGAAUGGAAUGAAGAGCAGUUACGUAGAUUACGAUCUCGUGACACCAGGGACAAAUGAGGAUGAUGCUUACAUGAACGCCAAGUUGAGUAUCAGUAUCGCAAGAAAGAUGGGUGCGACAAUUUGGUUGGUGCCAGAGGAUAUCUGCCAAGUGAGAAGUCGCUUGGUGACUACUUUCAUUGGUUCCCUGAUGGCUACAUAUGAGAAGAUGCAGUAA